AUGUUGGAUCGUCCAUUAGGAUCGAUUAGGGUCCAACAGAGAAAGAGAUAUGUUCAAGUCGGUUUUAGAAAAAGCCGAGGAAUACGAGACAUUAUUGAUGGUGUACGCUUGAUAAUUGAAAAGGCCAAAGAAUACCAAACAAGAAAAUCAUUAUAUGAUGGUUCAUCGAUUGCAGGAAAGCCUUUAAUUGCCAAUUGCCGAUAA